AUGAUCGUAUUACUUGACGGAACCAACUUGCGCGUCGCAAAACUAAAUGCGCAUCUGUUGUUCCAGAUGCUGGUGCUCACUUGUGUAAUUGUUUGCGCGAUCUCCGCGCGGGCGCUGAGGGUCGGUGUCGGCAUCGCUGACGUCACAGGACCCCCGGCCGAAAUUGGCUUCAUGGGCUACGCGAACUUCGAGCAGAGUGGUCAAGGAAUACACCUGCGCCAGUUCGCGCGCGCGUUCGUCCUGGUCGACGACGGCAGCAGCAGGAGCACCAGGAUGGUCUUCGUCUCCGUGGACGCUGCCAUGAUGGGCAACGGGGUCAGGAAGGAGGUGAUAAAGCGGCUGCAGAAGCGCUUCGGUGACCUCUACAACGAAAACAACGUCAUACUGAGCGGCACCCACACCCACUCGACGCCCGGCGGUUUCCUGAUGGACUUCCUCUUCGACCUCCCGAUCCUGGGGUUCGUGAAGGAGACCUACAUCGCGUACAUCGCCGGCAUACUUAAGAGCAUCUUCAUAGCACAUAACAAUCUGAAGCCGGCGCGUAUGGAAUAUGGCGAGGCGGAGUUGCUGGACGCCAACAUAAACAGAUCCCCAACCUCGUACUUGUUGAACCCGCCGGAAGAGAGGGCCAGGUACAAAUACGACGUGGACAAGACCCUCGCUCAGGUCCGCUUCCUCAGCCAACAGAACAAGGUGAUCGGAGUCAUCAACUGGUUCGCGGUCCAUCCCACCAGCAUGAACAACACCAAUCGCCUCAUAUCUUCAGAUAACGUCGGCUACGCCUCAAUACUGAUGGAGAAGGCGUUGAACGGGGACAACACCUUGCCUGGGAAGGGCGGCGUCGUGUGCGCGUUCGCGUCGAGCAACCUGGGCGACGUGUCGCCGAACACGCGCGGCCCGCGCUGCGAGCGCAGCGGCCGCCCCUGCGACAACCAGCACGCGCUCUGCGCCGGCCACAAGGAGCGCUGCUUCGCCUCGGGCCCCGGCCGCGACAUGUUCGACAGCACCAGGAUCAUCGCCACCAAGCUCUUCGACGCGGCGAUGAAAGUUCUAGAAGCGCCCGGCGAGGACUUGACUGGGCCUCUGAACAUAGUCCAUCAGUUCGUGGAGAUGCCGAAGCAGGAAGUUUCACCUUACGACCCCAUAACUGAUACAUUCAAUACUAAUGUUGUAGAAGCAGCUGCGGGCGAAAUGAACAAAAUCGCGGGUGCCAUUGAGAGCGCUGUUUCGAAAGCAACGCGUACAUCAGAUGCGAAAGAGCCACUCAUAACGAUUGAUAGUGAUGCGUCCUACGUUGGAAACCCAACCAGACAGAAUGUAUCCACUGAAGUAAUAAUUUCGAAAAACCCUGACGAAACAAAACCAAAUGAAAGAGAAAAUACGCCGUUGCAAGUUAACGUUGAGAUAAACGUCGUGGUCAAUUAUCAAACAGACGAUUUGACCCCUGAUACUCCAACUGACGACAUCAAAGACGCCGCUGAGGGAGAUGAACAUGCAAACAAUGCGACACCACAAUCUAGUGAAGAGCCUACGACAACUGUUGAAACGACCGCAGCGGGAAAUUUUGGGUCUGCUACUGUUAGAUUGCCUAACAUUAUCUUCCCAGGUCCUAUGAGCACUGUCCCUCAAGAUCCCGUCCACCGGGUCCAGUUCCCGGACACGGCGGCGAUUAAGGAUAAAGUGGUGGUGCCCGUCAGCUGCCCCGAGGGUCUGGUGAUGACGGAGAAGGGCUACUGCCUGAUGCCGAUAAACGGCGAACAGAACAGGAAGAAUACAGUAGUUAGAGAAUACGUAAGCAGGUCGGAUUUUGUGGGCGGCUGCAUGAAGGGAUAUUCAAGAGCUAUCGACGGCUCCUGCCAGCCGGUCAUAUACGAU